AUGCUCAAUGUUCUUGGUGAAAUGGUUCAGGAAAAUAUUUUAUUCAAAAUUAAAAAAUCUGGAGUAUUUUCAUUCAUCAUAGAUACUACAACAGAUGUUUCUAAUAUAGAACAACUUUCAAUAGUAAUUAGGUUUAUAAAUGAAAAUGAAGAAGUAGAAGAAAGAUUAGUUGCUUUAGAAAAUGUAUCAGACGCAAGAGGUAUUGGUAUGUUUAACGUUUUGUGUAAUAUUUGUGAAAAAUAUGAUAUUGAUUGGGAAAAUCAACUGUGUGCACAAUCAUAUGAUGGGGCAUCUUCCAUGCAAGGCCAAUACUCUGGUGUUCGUGCAUACAUUCAAGAAAAAAAUCCUAGGGCAAUAUAUGUCUGGUGUUUUUCUCAUAUUUUAAAUCUUGUUGUGGUGGACACUUGUGAUACAAGUAAGACUAUGAGAAAUUUUUUCGGAGAUUGGCAAUCAUUAAUUGCUUUUUUAAGAGCAAGAAAACGUACUGCAAUAUUUUUAAACCAACAAAAAAUAUGUUAUCCAGAAAAUAGAGUUUGUAGAAUGAAAAAAACCAACAAAAAAUAUGUUAUCCAGAAAAUAGAGUUUGUAGAAUGA